GUGCAAUGUUGUCUGACCCCAACAGACUUCCUGGUUCAACAGCGUGUGCACACGUUGAAAUGUCAUCGUGAACACUAAACAAUCCGCAAAUUUAGCUACAUCUGUUAUAGGAUUCGGGUCGUUAUUUCAAGCAGUACUUCUGACUUUUUCCGUCAAUCGGAGGACGCACAGAGAUCAUGAAGGUUUUCAUAACAAGACGCAUCCCACAGGAGGGAAUGAAGAUUCUGUCACAGGCUGGAGUAUGUAAAGUGUCACUGUGGGACUCUGAUGAGCCUGUUCCGAGGGCAGAGCUUCUGAAGGGCGUGGAGGGGGCCCAUGGGCUGCUGUGCCUCCUGUCGGACAAGAUCGACACAGAGGUUCUGGAAGCAGCAGGUCCAAACUUGAAGGUUAUAAGUACCUUGUCUGUCGGAUUUGACCACAUGGCCAUGGAUGAGAUCAAGAAACGAGGGGUGCGUGUGGGCUACACUCCAGACGUCCUGACUGAUGCCACAGCGGAGCUGACCGUCGCCCUGCUCCUGGCUACAGCUCGGCGGCUACCAGAGGGCGUGGUGGAGGUUAAGAAUGGAGGCUGGAGCACCUGGAAACCUCUGUGGUUGUGUGGUUAUGGUCUGUCAGGCAGCACUGUCGGUGUCAUUGGACUGGGACGCAUAGGUAUGGCCAUUGCCAGGAGGCUGAAACCGUUUGGAGUGAAGAGGCUCCUGUACUCUGGAAGAACUGCCAAAUCCUAUGCUGCUGAGGUGGAGGGAGAAUACGUGCCCUUGGACACGCUGGUGUCUGAGAGUGAUUUUGUCGUGGUGUCCUGCGCCCUCACCCCAGAGACCCAAGGCCUGUGUAACAAGGACUUCUUCAGCAAGAUGAAGAACACCGCUGUCUUCAUCAACACCAGCAGGGGUGCAGUGGUGAAUCAGGAGGAUCUGUACCAGGCUCUGUCCAGUGGUCAGAUAGCUUGUGCUGGGCUGGACGUCACAACCCCAGAACCACUCCCCACCGAUCACCCCCUCCUCACCCUCAAAAACUGUGUGGUCUUGCCCCACAUUGGCAGUGCUACCUACUCCACACGUGGCAUCAUGGCAGAGCUGUCCGCAAACAAUCUGCUGGCAGGCCUACAGGGCACAGACAUGCCCAGCGAACUCAAAUUCUAAUGCUGCUCUACAACUUCUCAAUUCUGCCUCGGUCCUCCUGUUAGAAUGAUUUUUUUAUCAACCAAUCAGUAGUCAUUACCAGGGAAGGUAAAAGCCGUAAGUGACCAGGAAGGAAUCUGUGUUAAGAUUAUUGCUGUUCUAUUAAAGGAAAGAUUCACCCAUUUAGAAUGUUAUAUCAUUUUUGUGCAUCUCUGAGCGAUGUUCUAUCGAUUCCUGGGGAUUUUCAUGUGUAUCUGAGCUAUUCGCUGUUCAAACAUGCAGAAAUACAGCCAGUAUGCCAUGUUUUGCAUCAUAGAAAUACAACGUCUUUAGUGUCAUAGAAAUACGUAUGACGUCUUUAGUGUCAUAGAAAUACAGCCGGUAUGACGUCUUUAGUGUCAUAGAAAUACAGCGGGUAUGACGUCUUUAGUGUCAUAGAAAUACAGCGGGUAUGACGUCUUUAGUGUCAUAGAAAUACAGCCGGUAUGACGUCUUUAGUGUCAUAGAAAUACAGCCGGUAUGACGUCUUUAGUGUCAUAGAAAUACAGCGGGUAUGACGUCUUUUGCAUCAUAGAAAUACAGCCGGUAUGACGUCCUUAGUGUCAUAGAAAUACAGCGGGUAUGAUGUCUUUAGUGUCAUAGAAAUACAGCGGGUAUGAUGUCUUUAGUGUCAUAGAAAUACAGCGGGUAUGAUGUCUUUAGUGUCAUAGAAAUACAGCGGGUAUGACGUCUUUAGCGUCAUAGAAAUACAGCCGGUAUGACGUCUUUAGCGUCAUAGAAAUACAGCGGGUAUGACGUAAAAUUUGCCCUUUCAGCUGUAUUUAUGCCUGCUUGAAUGGCAAAUAGAUGCACAAAAACGGUAUAACAUUCAAAAUGGGUGAAUGUUUCCUUUAACAUGCUCUCCCAACAUGAAGGUAAACUUCUGCCUCUUGCUCUUACUGUUUUACAAGAAAUAACUAACUUCUAAAAUGUUACUUGAAAGAGGAAGUGUAUAGUAUUAGCGUUUUGAGAACAUGCCUCAGUACACUUAACAGUACUCCUAAGGGUCAGCCAUGACUUCCUUUUAAGGACGUAGAAAAGCACUACAAUGUCUCUGCACACAAUUCAUUACUGGCCUUCUUGUUCUUAUGAAACACUUGAUCGAAUUGUGUAAAACAGUAGUUGUAAUGUUUUCUAUUGUUCUCAUGACAGUUUUGUGUUAACAUAUUGAGAUAUGGAUCGCCAUUGUCUAUUUGUGCAUAAUUCUAAGAAACACUAUCUCUAAUUCAUCUAUGGUAAAACACCUCGCCUGUAAUCAUUGUUCGUUUCAAACCAGCUGAUCACUCCCUCCCUCUAACAUGGUCUGUCAUUCUGGCUUUGUUGAAUAAAGUAGAAAUGUUGUACAGUA